AUGCAGGUGGAGCCCGCCGCGGUGGAGACCAGGGAAAAGAGCGAGGCUGCGACCAGCUCUGCUGGCAGUAUGUCUGCUGCCGGUCAUGUUGUGAGAUCGGUCCAAAAUCAGGUCAACCACUUGCGGAAAGUGGAGACAAAGUUGCGGAAGACGGACCAGGACUUGCAAGACACGCACGACAAGUGGAUGGCCUGGCAGAAGGAGAUGACGAAGAGCUACGCCAAGGAGAAGGCCAAGUACAAAACGAUGAUGGACAAGCUCAACGAGGAGAGACAAGAUCUACAGGAGUCCCUCGAGGAGGUGCUUGGCGAUUUGCAGCAGGCCAUGCUGGUAGCGGGCAAGCAAAGCGAGAAAAAGGAGGACGAAGUCCCGGCGGAGAUCCUGGCGGAAUGGGAGAACCUAGUGGACACGCCCCUCCGAGCAGAGCCGGUUUUGUCGGACUUGGUGGAGGAGGCCCUCAGCGGAAAGGCCAGCAUUCGGCCCAAGGAGGCAGAGCAGCUUAUUGCUGCCUUGAAAAACCGGGUCGCGCCAACGGAAAUGACCCCACCGAGGCGCACUACCCGGACGACGGCUAUGACACCGCCCGCUACAUCGCGAAGGGACCCGACGCCUAUGGAUACAACGGAGGCCAAGGGCGAGGAAAAGGUCUACCAAGAUGCUACAGAUGCGGCGAGCGACCCCUACCUCACCUCGCCAUCGGUCAGUGGGCUCUACAACCUUUUGGCAUCGGCCGGGAAGAAAAAGACCAAGAUUGGCCAGCAGAGGAUGCCGAUCAAGGCCCUCGGACGACAGCCUACUCCUUUGCCUGCCCAAAGGACACCCCUCGCGCAGAAGCUAGAGAAGAUCCGCGAGAAGUCUGGCAUGCCGGUGCUGGAGAUCGAUGGCGAGACGGACUCGGAGGAGGACCAGCCCAUCGGAGAGCUCGGGCCGAAGGACAAAGCGGAGACGGAACAGACGGAGCAG